AUGAAAUUACCCACAAGAGGCCCCGUGGUGCUAUCCACGCUCCUCUACCUCCUCAUUCAUCUCGCCCCGUCAUCCGCGCAGUUCGUCUCCCCGCCGACAGACCUGAUCACGAAGACGGGCUACGCAGGCGUCGACGUGCGGUACAAGCAAGUCCCACCCGGUAUAUGCGAGCUUGAUCCGAAUGUGAAGAGCUUCUCUGGAUACGCGGACGUCGAGGAGGAUCAGCAUAUCUUCUGGUGGUUCUUCGAGGCGAGGAAUCAGGAUCCCAGUACUGCGCCGCUGACGGUUUGGAUCAAUGGCGGGCCAGGGAGCUCGUCGAUGGUGGGGUUGUUUGAGGAGCUGGGGCCGUGUAGUAUUGAUAUUAAUGGCGAGGUGGUGAAUAAUCCAUACUCGUGGACGAAUGCUUCGAAUAUGCUAUUCAUCGACCAACCGACAACAACGGGAUUCUCGUACUCAGUGCCGAUUCCUGCGUAUAAGGACGCUGGAUACACAAUCCAGCUACCAAACAACACCUGCCCCGACUACGCCGAAGAGUUCGGCACCUGCGGUACAUGGUCGCGCCCAUUCCACACCAUGACUGCGAACUCGACGCACAACGGCGCGCCCGCCAUGUGGAAGACACUCCAGGGCUUCAUGGGCGCGUUCCCCGAGUACUCUCGCUCCGGCUUCAACUUCGCCACGGAAUCGUACGGCGGACACUACGCCCCCAUCUACAACGCCUACAUCGUCGAGCAAAACGCAAAGGACAUCCCUGGCGCCCACAAGAUCCAGCUCGAGAACGUGCUCAUCGGCAACGGAUGGCUGGAUCCCCUCGUGCAGUUCCCGUCGUACUACGAGUUCAUGGUCGAGCCGGGCAACACGUACGACUUCGACCCUUUCAAUGCGUCCGUGAAAGCGCAGCUCUACAACGCCGUCUACGGCGAGGGCAACUGCAUCGACCAACUGCAACUGUGCGCGGAGACGGGGCAGAACUCCGUGUGCUCGCGCGCCGACAACUUCUGCCUCGACAAAGUGCAACUGUACAUCGACGAGCUGACUGGCAGGGACGACUUGGAUUUCAGGUACUUGUUGCCGUUGAGGUUUCCGUACAGGUUCUACGUGCCGUAUUUGAAUAGGGCGGACGUCCAGGCGGCGAUCGGCGCGUAUCAGAACUACUCGACGCAGUCGCCGACUGUGGCUUCGGCUUUUGAUAAUACGGGGGAUGAUGGGAGGGAGGCGGGGACGCUGGAGGCGUGUAGGACGUUGUUGGAGAGUGGGGUGCAGGUUAUGCUGUACUAUGGUGAUACUGACGUCAAUUGCAACUGGAUGGGCGGACAAGCCGCCGCAGCAAAGGUAGCAGCACCAGGCUACGAAUCCGCCGGGUUUGUCAAUCUCACGACAUCAGACGGCAUCGUGCACGGCCAAGUCCGCCAGAGCGGCCUCUUCUCCUUCCUCCGCAUCUACGAGGCCGGCCACGAGGUCCCCUUCUACCAGCCGCUCGCAUCGUUGGAGAUAUUCAAGCGGGCGCUCGCUCGCCUGGACAUCGCGACGGGGUUGGUCAAGAUCGAGGGCGAGAAUCUGGGGUACAGGACCGUGGGGUGCCCGACGUCGGACUAUAGAGAGGGGAAUGGGACGGUCCAGUGGGAGGUGACGCCGAAGAAUGCUACGUAUAACACGAAGUUGAAUGCUCCUGAUCUGGUGCCUACUUGGGCGCCUGCGGCCUCCUCGUCGUCGCCGCCGCCAGCAGUGUAG